GUAACGACUCGUCUCCCUCCCUCUCCCCUCUCUCUCUCUCUCUCUCUCUCUCUCUCUCUCUCUCUCAGAUCUAAUGCUCUCUCUUUCCCAUCCCCUCCUCACUACCCCCUCUCCCGAUCUCAGAUCGGGAUCUCCUCUUCGCCCAAACUAGGGUUUCCCCUUCGUCCCCGGCGAUCCCCCCAUGCUCCUCCUCCCCCUCCCCUGAUCUCCGCCGCCGCCGCCGCCGCCGCCGCUGCGAUGGAUGCGAUGCCUUCCUACUUGGGAAGGCCCACGCUCCGCUCCACCUCCUCCCCCUCCUCAUCCCGCUCCGCCGCCGCCGACUCUGACUCGCCAUCCUCCCUCUCCUCGGCGUACUCCUUCGCCGCCGCCGCCUCAGCCUCCGCUGUGAGCCAGAGCCUCGCCUCCAUCCUCAACAACCCACACGCCGGCCGCUCCGACGCCUCCUGGUCCCUCUGGUGGCCCUCCGGCGGCUCCGCCGCCGGUGCCGGCGCCACCGACACGCCUCCGCCGGCCGCCCCGUCCGUCCCCAUCCCCGAGGUCGCCCGCGCCGACUUCCGGCCCUACCUCGACGCCAUCUCCGAGCCCUACGCCCGCUUCGAAGACGUCCGCAACCACAGCUCCCGGGAGACCGCCGCCGCCGCCGUCGCCGCCGCCGCCGCCGUCUCCGCGGAUGGCGAAGUCCGUGGGCAGGGGGAGGCGCUCGUCGCAUGCCUCCGGGAGGUCCCCUCUCUCUUCUUCAAGGAGGACUUCGCCCUAGAAGAAGGUGUGACGUUCCAAGCGGCGUGCCCCUUCUCGCCGUCCCCGGAGGAGAACACGGCGCUGCAGGAGCGGCUGACGCAGUACCUGGACGUCGUCGAGAUGCACUUGGUGAGGGAGAUCUCGCUGCGCUCCAACUCGUUCUUCGAGGCCCAGGGGCAGCUGCAGGGGCUCAACGGGCAGAUCGUGGAGUCGUGCAUGCGGAUCCGGGAGCUCAAGGAGACGAUCAGAAUCCUCACCGGAGAUCUCGUUGGAUCUGCUCGGCAGGUUCAGGAGCUCAAUGCCACGAGGGCGAACCUCGUGGCCCUGCAGCAGAAGCUUACUGUGAUACUGUAUGUAAACCAGGCGCUAUCGGCAUUGAAGCUGCUUGUGGCAGCAGCAGACUGUGCUGGUGCUCUAGAUGUCACUGAUGACUUGCAACAUUUGUUGGAGACUGAUGAGCUUGCUGGCCUUCAUUGUUUUCGCCAUCUUCGGGAUCACUUGUCAGUGUCUCUAGAUUCAGUAAACAGCAUUCUUUCAGCAGAGUUCCUUCGUGCAGCCAUACAUGAUGUCAGAGCUGUAGAUUCAAUGAUUUUGUCAAUUUUGAAACGAAAACCUUCGAGUCUCCUCAAUGGGAUAGAGGAUGAAGUGAAAUUAGAUGAUGAUGAGAAUUCUGCCCUCAGAGAUCGUCUUCUUCCGCUCAUUAUUUGUCUGUUGAGAACGGCCAAGCUUCCUGCUGUGUUGAGGAUUUACCGGGAUACACUUAUCACUGAUAUGAAAGCUUCAAUAAAAGCUACUGUGGCAGAGUUGCUUCCAGUUUUGGUGGCCCGACCAAUGGAGGCUGAUUUAGCAGCUGCAGAGCGAGUUGUGGAUUCAGAAGCUGGAGGUCCAUCGCUGGCAAGCAAGUUGAGGAAUCUUUCAUCAGAAAGCUUUGUUCAACUUUUGGCUGCUAUUUUUAAGGUUGUACAGGCACACUUAAUGCGAGCUGCAGAAGUUAAAAAGGUUAUCGAGUGGAUCAUGGGAAACAUUGAUGGGUAUUAUAGUUCUGAUACUUCCGCUGUAGGUUCUGUAGUUUCAGAAAGUAUCCAAGAGAGUGGCAAUCAUGUUGUUUCACACAACUCAUAUCCGCUUGCUCGGAAUUCUCCAAGGAUUUCAAUCUUUCAAGGAAGGAUAAAUGAUACUUCUAGCCCUAGUGCAUCCAGGAACUUUCGUGCUGAUGUAUUGAGAGAAAACACGGAAGCUGUUUUUUCUGCAUGUGAUGCUGCUCAUGGACGAUGGGCUAAGCUUCUAGGUGUUCGUGCUCUUCUUCAUCCCAGGUUGAGACUUCAAGAGUUUCUGAGUAUCUAUAACAUCACUCAAGAUUUUAUAGCUGCUACUGAGAAGAUCGGAGGAAGGUUGGGUUACAGCAUUCGUGGAACUCUACAAUCACAGUCAAAGGCAUUCGUUGAUUUCCAACAUGAUGCUCGGAUGACAAAGAUUAAGGCAGUUCUUGAUCAAGAGACGUGGGUUGCUGUUGACGUUCCUGAUGAGUUUCAAGCUAUUGUUGAAGCACUUUCUUCAACCGAUUCUCCAGUAAACAGUUUUGAGUCAACUGCAACUGAUGGUACUGCAAACGUUGUUGAAUCUGAGGCUUCUGCUGGGCAAGACUACCUUAGUCUUAAUGAAUCAGUUGAGAACUCUGCAGAUCACCCCAACGAAAUAGCUGUAGCAGGUCAAGAAAGCACAGCUGAAUCUACACCUCCUACUAGGAUUGAUAAUAUUAAAACAAACGAGCAUGUUAGAUCUACUUCUCAAACUCUCAUGCAUGGAGGGGUUGGCUACCACAUGGUAAACUGUGGUUUGAUGUUGCUGAAGAUGUUAUCUGAGUAUGUGGACAUCAGUAGAUGCUUGCCAUCAUUAUCAUCUGAAGUGGUCCAUCGUGUUGUGGAAAUACUGAAGCUUUUCAACACUAGGACCUGUCAGCUGGUUCUUGGAGCUGGUGCUAUGCAGGUGUCAGGUUUGAAGUCCAUAACUUCUAAGCAUUUAGCUUUGGCUAGUCAAGUUAUCAGCUUUAUUUAUGCCAUAAUUCCAGAUAUUCGGAGAGUUCUUUUUCUUAAAAUACCUGAGGCUCGUAGAGCCCUGCUGAUGUCUGAGGUUGAUAGAGUUGCUCAGGAUUACAAAGUUCAUAGAGAUGAAAUUCAUACAAAGCUGGUUCAGAUAAUGAGGGAGAGAUUGCUUGCAAAUCUACGUAAGCUGCCCCAAAUUGUUGAGGGCUGGCAUGGACCUGAGGAUAAUGAUCUGCAACCGAGCCAAUUUGCUAAAUCAGUCUCUAAGGAAGUUACAUAUCUUCAUCGAAUUUUAUCUCAAACUCUGCUUGAAUUAGAUGUCCAAGCAAUUUUCAGGCAAGUGGUUCAAAUUUUCCAUUCACAUAUAACGGAAGCAUUCUCAAAAUUAGAUGUGAAUACUCCUCAAGCAAAAAACAGACUGUGUCGAGAUGUGCAACACAUUCUUGGAUGUAUACGAAAAUUGCCAUCUGAGCACUCGAGUAAAGAUGGUGUACCAAAUUAUGGUCUCCUCGAUGAAUUUUUGGCUGAGAAAUUCGGUGCAAAAGUAAGCCAAUAAAUGACGUGUAUUAUAGAACCCUUUUUUUUAUGAGAAGAAUCUAUUUGGUGGUGGGAUCAACUCCUAGACAUCGGCUCUUUAUUCAUAAAUUCGUUUGCAGGUAAUACUUCAUUUUUUGUUUGUGGGCAAUUUGUGGAACUCUACCACCAUUAAGAUGUUACAUCGCAUGAAACACAGUUAUAUAUGAGGGGAUUCUCAAUCUCGUUUUACAUAUUACCGAUCGAAAUUUUGAGUUAUACCAUUUACAUACCAUUUCUCAAGUCGAGUUACUAGUCGCAUUUUGGUUUCUCAAUUUGUAGAGCCUGUUCCGGCAUGCUGAUAUUUGUAAAGUACGUCUUCAUUCGGUGAGUGUACAUGAAUUGCUUACAACUUAUGCUGUAAAAAUCUGAAGCACUAAACACCACACUUAAGUGGUGUUCCAUGUAUUGGAUUCUGUAAAGGAUUUAUUUGUUUUUUUUUUUUAAAGCUUUUAAUUAUGAGCAAUUUUAAGUUACUAAAAUGUUGGUUGUAGACAAUAAAUUUGCUGGUAUUGUUAUGCGCCGCCAAUGGUGAAUGAAUGUCUUUUCUGUGUG